GCCUAAGAAAACAAAAUAAUCGAUAGUUUUUUUUUUGGUGAAUAUUCUCUGUUGGGUUUCUUAAAAGUUUAUCCGCCCUAUAAAUGGCAAUUUUCGAGUGGCGGAAGUUUACCUUUUUCGAUCUCCGCAAAGGAGUCGACAAGGAGCAAGUGGCACAAACGUUACAAGGAGCACGGAUCACAGCGACUGCCAGUGGCAGCAAUUUGUUUAUAAUAUGCGAUGCUGAUGGGAUGAUUCAUACUUUCACCCGAUCUUGGGAACCGGUCAGCUUUAAAGGACAUGAAGGUUCCAUACUGUUGUGUGAUGUUGCGAAGCAAAUGAAUGUGCUUAUUACCGUCGGAGAAGACGUAAACGGACCAUCGUACAAGGUAUGGAAUCUAAACAAAAUAUCCCCGGUGGCGGGAGCACAGCUAUUUCGCACCGUUCGUAUGAUGGUUUCCGUUCCAAGUGCUUUGGCUAUUUCGGAAGGAGGCCAGUUUAUGGCAAUUGGUUUUGCAAAGGGGAGCAUUUCUCUAUACCGAGGCGACGCUAGUCGAGAUCGAUCGAAAACCUUGAAACAGCUUACCGCUGGCACGGCAUCAAUAACUGGAAUCGCAUUUAAGCAUUUUAGUAAAAUCACUCAAAUGUUUGUCUGUUCGGAUUCCGGUGUUUACCUGUAUAAUUUACAAAGUCGCGAUAAGGAAAUUCGAGUAAUACUGGAUACCAUCAAUUCACCGGUGGGUUGCUGUGCACUGCAGACGGGUCAUAACGAGGGCCAUUUUAUGGUUGGUCGAGAUGACGCCAUUUAUUGCUACACCUCAGAUGGCAGGGGACCUUGCUACGCACUGGCGGGAAAGAAAACGCUAUUGCAUUGGUUCCGAUCGCAUCUGUUAAUUGUGUCGAAAAAUUCUCGAACCAGCGGUGCAAAUGCCAACGGAUAUGUGCUGACAGUUAUUGAUAUUCAGAACAAAUUUAUUGUUUUUACUUGUCCCAUUGAGGAGGUGGUUGCAUUUCUUACGGAAUUUGGAUCAUGUUACAUUUUAACGGAAAGCAAACAGAUUCUACAUCUAGACGAGAAAGAUUUGCAAAGCAAGCUAAAUUUGUUGUUUAGAAAGAAUUUAUACGACAUUGCGGUGCGGAUAGCGAAAAGCAAUCAAUACGACGCUGAUGGUUUGGCUGGAAUUUUCAAGCAAUACGGUGAUCAUUUGUACAGUAAGGGUGACUUCUCCGGAUCGGUAGAUCAGUACAUCAAAACGAUUGGAUUUCUAGAGCCAUCGUACGUAAUUCGUCGAUUCUUGGAUGCCCGACACAUCCACUAUCUAACGGACUAUCUGCAGGCAAUCCAUAAAUCUGGUCGUGCAUCAGCGGAUCAUACAACGUUGUUGUUAAACUGUUUCACUCGGCUUGAUCGUACGGAACAGUUGCGGCAAUUUCUGGAAAAUGAAAAUAAGCUCAACUUGUUCGAUGUGGACGUUGCGAUAAAAGUUUGUCGAAAUGCCUCCGUAGAGCAGGCUCUAUCUUUGGCCAAAUUACACGGAAAACACGACUUGUGUCUUAGUAUCCUCACGGAAGACCUGCGCCGUUAUGAUGCUGCUUUGAAUUACAUACAACAGUUGGAAUUUUCGGAGGCUGAGAUACAUAUUAAAAAAUAUGGAUUACUACUUAUGGAAAACUGUCCCGAAGAAACAAUUCAGCUUUUGAAAAAACUAUGCUCAGAUUACGUUGCGGGAAAUGCGUUAGGGACGAAUUUGUUGCAAGAUCACUUUGGCAACGAUGAACGGAAUAACUCGAUCGAUGAUGGACUCAACAGCAAAUGUGAUAAUCCGGAGGAUUUCAUCCAUCUCUUCUCGGAUGAAGAAUUGCUGAUUGAUUUUUUGGAGCAUCUGAUUAGAAACCUUCCAUCUUGCAGUAAAUUUGUAUACAACAGUUUGAUUGAACACUAUCUGUAUCGCUGGCAGCAAGAACCUGCGAUCGAGCGUAAAUUACUAGAAGUGCUGAGAAACAAUGCCGAAUGUUAUGAUAAGAAUCAUGUGCUCAUCCAGUGUCGAGUGUAUCAGUUCUGGCCCGGUGUAAUGUAUAUCUACGAGGAAGACAAACUUUACCAUUUGAUCAUACGGCACUGUUUGAAAAAUAAGGAUUAUGAAAAUCUGAUGGCAUACUGCAGAAAACUUGGCCAGAGUGAUGCCACUCUUUGGUUGCUGGCAUUGAAUGGGUUGAAGAAUGAUACUGGUGCUCCGCCGAAACUGCUGUCCCAAGUGCUACAGGUUAUAGCCCAGGAAAAGCUGCAGGCGCCAUUGCAGAUUCUCAACUGCCUGGCAGUGGACAAUGGACCAACACUGUUGCCGGUGCGCGACUACUUUAUGCAGGUAUUUCAAAAGGAACAGGAAUCGACACGGCACGAUGAAGACCUAACGCAUGAAUACAACGAAGAAUCGGUGUCCAUCAAGAAACACAUCAAACAACUGCAGGACGGUAAUGUUGAGUUCCGGAAUACGGUUUGCGAUACCUGCAAACAACCUCUAUCCUGGCCGGCAUUGUUUUUCUUGUGCAGACAUUCCUACCAUCAAGACUGCAUUCGUGGUUAUUCGGAAACCGAACGGGACUGCCCAGUGUGCAAUAAGAAAAAUAUUCAACUAAUGGAUGCAUUUCGAGCUCAGAGUGAAUCCCGUGGUCAGCAUGAAGUGUUCCACAAUUUGCUCGAUCGAUCCUCGGAACCAUUUUCCGUGGUAGCCGAAUACUUUGGUCGAGGUUUAUUCAACAAAUUGCUCAUCGUUGAGGAACAAGACCGUCAUUCUGAGCCUCUAGCGACAUCCACUGAGACCGACGUGCGGAAUCUGGCAAAGCGAACCGAACAAAUACGUCUGGCUGAUACGAGUUCCAAGCCCUACGGAAACUACGGCGCAGGAGCUGAGGCUAGAAUGCGCCAGGAGGAGGGCCGCCACGCUCAGGUACGCUUGGAAGCACAGGAAAGUGAAAUGCGUCUCCGCCUGAUGGAACAAGAGCGCAUUCGUCAACGAAAUCAAGCAGCUCUUCUAGUGCAACAGCAGCUGAAACUACGUGACGAUCGCAGUCCCAAACGGUCUCCGUAUGGUAGUCCGAAACCACCCUCAACGUUGGCAAAUUAUCCUCAGGCGGUGACCAGCGCGAGCGGUAAAGUAGCAGUAGCAGUAGCACCAGCUCCUGCAGCUGCCAAGAAUCCUUUCGAGGAAGAGGAAGAUUCGGUUGGUUAUGAUAAUACCAAAAAUCCAUUUGCUGUCGAUGGAGCGGAAGCGAAGAAAGCUGCAGAUGCGGGAAAUCCUUUUGAACAGGAGUACGACAGCAAUCUGGAUCCGUUCGCUGAGUAGACUGGGAUGUGACAUUUUAAUUAGGCUCAUCUGUGAAAUUACUUUAUACCAAGGAGAUAAUUUUUUUUCAGCAGAUAUAUAUAGAAGGUCCUGGAGAACCUAUACGCUGCAGUUAU